CACUGACUUAAAAACGCAUACAUCUAUAUGACCGUUAUAUCUAUAGUUGUUAAAUAUGCUAAGUUUUGUCAUUUAAUUUUCACAUCUGUUGUCGUCAAUCACGUUAUUGGAUUUGACGUGUGAUAGUGCGCUUGUUAUAUUUUCUACAUAGGAGUUGAAACUGGUAUUACCGGAGAUGUAAUUGUGGAAGUGGUCAUUUUGUGACAAUUUGUUCGCAUAUAUGUACAUCGGAAUAACGUGUUGUGUUGUUUAAUAUUAAAACAAAUCCCAUGAAAACGAGAAGUUAAUAUAGGCGGAUGCGGGCUGGCACGCAGAAGACAGUCGGUAGCCGCGGGUGGACAUCACCGUGACACAUUGUGACACCACUGCGCCAUAAGUGAGCGAGUGCUGACAGGAUGGGUAGUUGUGGCGGGGACGGUCCGGGGGAGGUGGAGGAAAGUGAGGAGUUCACACCCUUCCGGCCCUUCACCCGCGCGUCACUCUUCAACAUGGAAAGACGAAUCGCCGAGGAGGCCGCCGCCAAGGAGGAGGAGUUAAAAAUGCUGGCGGCGGAUGAGGCGGCGGCGGAGUCGGACGACGAGGAGGAGGCACCCAAAGAGGAGAUGAAACCCAACCCGAAGUUGGAAGCGGGCAAGAAGCUUCCGCCUACCCUUGAGGACUUUUUCAUGCCCGAACACGUGGGGCGCCCCCUAGAAGACAUCGAUGAAUUCUACAUGAACAAAAUGACGUUCGUGGUGAUCGGGAAGGACAAGACCAUAUUCCGAUUUAGUGCCACAGACGGCUUCUUCCUGCUCUCCCCAUUCAACUACGUCCGCAGGGCGGCGCUCUACAUUCUUGUCCAUCCUCGGUUUAGCCUGCUAGUUAUGCUCACAAUCAUAGCAAACUGUGUUCAAAUGGCCUGGAACUUUGCUCCGGAUAUAUCCAAUACGUUAGAGUACGUGUUUACGGGCAUCUACACGUGUGAAGCGGUGGUGAAGAUGACGGCCCGGGGGUACGUCCUGAAGCCGUUCACCUACCUACGGGACCCGUGGAACUGGCUCGAUUUCGGUGUCAUCGCCAUCGCUUAUAUGACCAUGUUUGUACCGGACCUGGGUAAUUUGUCGGCCCUGCGAACCUUCAGAGUGCUUCGAGCCUUGAAAACCGUAGCAGUAGUACCGGGUCUUAAAACCAUCGUGGGUGCCUUAUUGGAAGCUGUAAUAAGAUUACGUGACGUUGGCAUUUUGACGUCAUUCAUGUUAUCAAUCUUCGCAUUGAUCGGUAUGCAAUUAUAUAGCGGGAGAUUGCGCAAUAAAUGUAUUCUAAACGUCGGUGAAAAUCUCGGACCAAACGUCACCGACGAGGUGUGGACUAAUUUCACACUUAACACAAGCAACAUAUACAAAUUGGACAGUGGGGAAUUUCUUGUAUGUGGUGGCAACGUCUCUACCGGUGGACAAUGUCCGGAAGGCUAUGAGUGUCUGCAGUAUAUCGGAGAAAACCCAAACUUCGGCUACACCAGCUUUGACAACUUUGGCUGGGCUCUUCUCUGUUCCUUCCGCCUUAUGACCCAGGAUUACUGGGAAAACCUGUACAUGCUGGUACUGCGAGCUGAAGGUUUACCACACAGCUUAUACUUUAUAUUCGUUAUUCUGCUGGGUUCCUUCUACCUGGUCAACCUGAUUCUGGCCAUCGUCGCCAUGUCCUAUGAGGACCAGCAGAAAGCUGACCAAAGUGAUGCUGAAGAGGCGAGGCAGGAGAAGGAAGAUUAUGAAAAUUCAAAGAAUAAGCUGAUGAAUGAGUUUGAAGACGUUAUACACGAAAUAACGAAGAGUCCCAGCGUUGUAUCCAAUACCAGCGACCCUCAAUUCAGUCCUGGGUCAGAGAGCAAGGGCGAAGAUGGGGUAGACAAAAUAUCAGUGCAGUCGGAGAAAAACUCAUUGGACCCACACCAUCUUACUGUGGCUGGAACAAAGGCCAGCUUUAGCCUACCGGGAUCUCCUUACUUCAGAAGACGUCGAUCAAAUCCAAGUAGACUUAGUAUAAAGCUUGCAAAGCAGUUGCGUCACCAAGCUGAACGCCAGCCAUUGGUUCAUUUGGAAUCUCUCAAUCUCCCAUAUGCAGACGACUCGAAUGCCGUCACACCCUGUUCUGAUGAUAUACGCCUAUGCACCUUACCUUCAAAGUUCUCAAUUCUUGCCCGAAAAGCUUCCAUGAGGCGAGCGCUUGAGGAAUCCUCAAGAAGGAGUUCUAACGUAUCCCAGAGUAGUCGCACCUCCCACUCCAGGCAUUCGCCUCACUCCCCUACCGACAAACUCUCAUUUCUUAUGGAACAGUUUGAACGAAGGAGUAAACAAAACCAACUCAUUUCUGCGGAGAAAACGGACGACCCCGGGUACGAUUUGCAUAAACGAUCGAAAGGAUACUGUAGAACACCAAGUGCAUCGCAAGUUGAUCCAAAAGAUGUGAUGGUUUUGAGAGAGCUCAUUGACCACGUGGAAACAAAUUCAAGGACACGCAGCGUAUUGAGUGGAAGCAUUUUUAGCAUGAUGGAGAAUGAGCCUCUAAAGGACAAAAUUUGGCGAUUACUCUGCAGCUGGGAAGUACCCGUGUGGUUUGCCAAGAUCCAAGCCAUCGUAGGAUUCUUCAUUUUGGAUGCUUUUGUCGACCUCUUCAUAACGCUUUGCAUCUUGGCGAAUACAGCGUUUCUCGGUGCGGAUCAACAUGGACUUACACAAGAAGCAAUGCAUACUCUUGAGGCCGGCAAUCAGGUUUUUACUUAUAUCUUCGCCAUAGAAUGCUUUCUGAAGAUCAUAGCUUUAGGCUUUAUCCAGUACAUGAAAGAUGGUUGGAAUGUGUUUGAUUUCAUCGUUGUAGCAUUUAGUUUUCUUGAAAAAUUACUCGAAGAUGUCAAAGGUUUGUCUGUGUUGAGGACAUUCCGUUUGCUGCGUGUAUUUAAACUCGCGAAAUCAUGGCAAACAUUGAACAUGCUCAUAAGUAUUGUAGCACGAACAUUAGGUGCACUCGGAAACUUGACAUUUGUGUUAGGAAUAGUUAUUUUCAUAUUCGCUAUCAUGGGACAACAACUCUUUGCUCAAUAUUACCCCCCAUAUUUCGGGGAUGAUAUUCCAAGAUGGAACUUUAAAGACUUCUUGCACUCGUUUAUGAUAGUGUUCAGAGUGCUGUGUGGUGAAUGGAUAGACUCCAUGUGGUACUGUAUAGAAGCUGCUGGAUAUCCAUGUAUUCCUUUCUUUCUACUCACAUACAUUAUAGGAAAUCUGGUGGUACUCAAUCUUUUCUUGGCCUUACUGAUUGCUUCCUUUGGGACGGAAAGCCUGGCCUCGGACUCGGGGGAGGAGGAGGCGCCCGCGGCACCAAAUAAACUGCAGGAAGCCAUCAGCAGGUUUUCAAGACUAGGAAACUGGAUCAAAGUCCAUGUAAUAGUGGUUGUAAAGCGAACACGGGAGAAAAAGCGCCCCCUACCGGUGACCGUUGACUCGGGCGGGAAGAAUGGGACACUUCUGGACGGCAGUGUUAUCGGUAAUGGUAAUGUGUGUGAAAUGACGCAUGAGGAAAAUGGACACAUUACGCCUUCUACUAAACAAGCAGAAAUGAACGGCGAUACAGUUGAUGCCAUGUUGUCCGAGCCCUCGACAAGAACACCAAGCCGGACCUCAGGCGGAGAAAAUCGCAGUACACUUUCUGACACCGACUCAACAAUAUCAGAUGAUUCAGAAACAGGUUUGAAACCGGUCGAUGCAACAGGUGACCCGGUAAUUAACAACGCUGACCUGGUUGAAACCGAGGAACCAGACCCGUGCUUCUGCAAUAUAUUUAGAAACAAAUGCACUUGUUGUAUGAAGGUGGAAAAUUCUGCAUUCGGCAAGAUGUUCUUCGGCUGGAGAACAAAGGCGUUCACGUUUAUUCAACACAAAUACUUCGAGACUUUCAUCAUUAUAAUGAUCCUGGCCAGUAGUUUAGCCUUGGCAUUAGAGGACAUAUACCUGGAUGAGAGACCAAUAUUGAAGUUGGUUUUAAUAUACAUGGACCAAGUGUUUACCGUGGUCUUUUUCCUGGAAAUGUUGAUUAAAUGGUUUGCAUACGGUCUGAAGUAUUACUUUACAGAUGCAUGGUGUUGGCUUGACUUUGUCAUCGUGGCUAUUUCACUCAUAAUGAUUGUAGCCAAAGUGGCUAACAUAGGCGACGCGGAGUCACUGAAAGCCAUGCGGACACUCCGAGCAUUGAGACCCUUGCGAGCUGUGUCUAGAUGGGAAGGAAUGAAGGUUGUCGUCAACGCAUUGAUUAAGGCCAUUCCAUCCAUAUUCAACGUGUUACUGGUGUGUCUGGUAUUUUGGCUCAUAUUUGGAAUCGUCGGAGUUCAGUUUUUCAAAGGAAAGUUCCACAAAUGUGUUGACUUUGAAGGCACAAGAGUCAACUAUUCAGAAGUUAAAAAUAAAACGGAGUGUUUGAACCAUCCAAACAAUUAUUCUUGGGAAAAUUCUCAGAUCAACUUUGAUAAUGUGCUGAACUCCUAUCUGGCUUUGUUCCAAGUGGCUACAUACAAGGGUUGGAUUGAUAUCAUCAGGGAUUCCGUCGACAGCCCACCGGAAAUUGAUGACCAACCAAAUGAUGAGAUAAACCCGUUGAUGUAUAUUUACUUCGUCUUCUUCAUCGUAUUUGGCUCGUUCUUCACGCUCAACCUCUUUAUUGGUGUCAUCAUCGACAACUUUAACAAGCAGAAGAAGAAGGCAGGCGGCUCUCUGGAAAUGUUAAUGACUGAGGACCAGAAAAAAUAUUACAAGGCCAUGAAGAGAAUGCAAGGCAAAAGCCCUAUAAAGGCCGUUCCGCGGCCAAACUGGUUUCCGGGAAAUAUAUUGUUUGACGUCACGACGACUCAGAAGUUUGACAUCGUCAUCAUGGCUGUGAUCAUCCUCAACAUGGUCACCAUGACUAUGGAACACUACGAACAGACUCAGGCCUUUACUCGAGGUCUCUAUUGGGUCAACUUUUCCUUCAUCGUCAUCUUCACCGCCGAGUGCAUCAUGAAAAUCACCGGUCUCCGCCUGUACUACUUCAAAAUUCCCUGGAACGUGUUUGAUUUUGUGGUCGUCGUACUAUCUAUAUUAGGUUUAUCACUAGGAGGCUACCUGGAAGAGCUACCGGUCUCCCCCACAUUGCUUCGUGUUGUCCGAGUCUUCCGAGUGGGACGGGUACUGCGGUUGGUCAAGUCAGCCAAGGGGAUCAGAACUCUGCUUUUCUCGCUUGCUGUUUCACUGCCUGCUCUUUUCAACAUCGGUUUACUUUUGUUUCUUGUAAUGUUCAUCUGGGCUGUUUUUGGAAUGAACUUUUUCAAAGAUGUGAAAACACCGUACGGUGGACUAGACGAUGUUUUUAAUUUUCAGACAUUUUUUAAAAGUAUAAUAACAUUAUUUCAAAUGUGUACUUCGGCGGGAUGGGAUGGUGUUCUGAAAGGAUUGAUGAAUACAAAAGAUUGUAAUAGUAAUCCACAGGAAGACGAAAAGAAUACGUGUGGCAGUUACCCAUUAGCCGUCAUGUACCUAGUAACAUACUUGGUCAUCAGUUUUCUUGUAGUUGUGAACAUGUACAUUGCAGUUAUUUUAGAGAACUUUAGUCAAGCUACUGAAGACGUACAGCAGGGCUUAACCCCGGAGGAUUUUGAUAUGUUCUACGAGAAAUGGGAGAAAUAUGAUCCUGAUGCGACACAAUAUAUUUCUCUUGACAGGCUGUCGGACUUUGUUGAUUAUCUGGACGAACCAUUGAAGCUUACAAAACCAAAUUACUUUUUGUUAGUAAAAUUAGAUAUACCAAUUUAUGAGGGCGAUAGACUAUUUUGUCGCGACAUAUUAGAUGCUUUAACAAAGAAUUUUCUGGGAACUUCCGAAACAGGUGAUAUUCCUGCUGAAGAAAUUGGUGAGGCGAAAAAGAAGAUAGAGUAUGAUAUAAUCAGCAGCACGCUUCAGAGGCAAAAAGAACAUUAUGCUGCUAAAAUUAUACAGAAAGCUUACCGUAAUUACCGAACCACACACGGUGGUGGUGGCGGUGGAGAAGAGGAUGGGAGUAUUGAUGUGACUAAGGACUCCCCUCCUGCAUACAAUGAGAUUAUUGUGGAAAUACCGGACGUAAAUUCUAACGAAACAAACGAGGAUAAACGAGAUGGAGGAAAGGAAUCUAUUGAAAUGCAAAAUAUGGAUAGUAAACAUGACGAUGACACAACUGAGGAAGAAACUAAUCCUGACCAUACAAUUGUUGAGAUUGAUUUAAAGCCAGACAGCGAUGUUGUCGCAUGACGUGGUAAAAGAGAUGGUAUUUUCGCAUACCUUGUGAUAUAGAUUAUGUGACUGAGUCCCUAUAUGGGAACCAACAGCACAGUAUGCUACAGACGUGCAGCAAUGCAAUAUUACUCUCUUAAGUUAGAACAUUCAUUACAAGAGCACUUUUCUGUAGCAUUUAACAAAUAAAUCAGCAUUGGGUUUUGUAGGUAUGAAUUGUCAACGAUGCUUGUCAUGUCGGUUGGUCAACAAACAGCGGUUAGUGCUUACAAAGGUUGUAUCUGUAUAAGUUAUAACCAAACAGCAAAUAAUAGAACACACUUUGUGACAGAAUAAAGAUAUGUAGAAACUUAUUAGAUUCUUGACCAUUUUGUGGCCUGUAAAGUAACCAUGCUGAUUUUUCUUAAAAAUGAGAUUGUGAAUUGCAUGCAUUUAAAUUAUUGUGCAGUCAGCGCUUCAAGAAGCUUGUUAGCAAUAAACAGUUUGGAAUCGCAACGGGUAACAGUGUACUGUGGGUGAUACCACACCAGAGUGGUUAAAAUUAGCAGGACUUUGCCAAAUGCGACAGGUAUUUGUAUUCAGAAUGAGGAAAAAUAUGAAAGGAUACAAAUGAAUAAUUUGUAAAGAUGUACAGCAGCCAAUUGUAUACAAGUGGUUGUUUAUUUUGGUGUGGAUACAGUUAUCAAAAUUGGUUAUUGAUUGGAAAAUACUUAUCCAAUAAUAACUAUUGACCAAUAAAAUAAUUUGAAUGUGUGAACUAGCGAAGGGUAACCUGUGAACUACGUUUCCAUUUGUAUUCAAUUGGCUGCUAGCUUUUUUCAAUAAGCUGUUAUUAUGUCCUGUAUUUAGUAUCAUGUCGAUUCGUUUAUUUUCUAUGCACGUAAUGCAGGAUGAUCACGUGGUCACAUGUAGUUUGAAAGUUUUUGUACUUUAAGAUUUUUUUUCCAUUUUACUCCAGAACUUAUUCUACUGUUCAAAGUAUAUGUGGAGUGUAUAUUGUGAGAAACUUUAUAUGUGUUAUAAAAGAAUCGCUUUUUGUACAUGCAGGUCGUAGUCAUCUAUAUAAAUUAUUGUUUCACGCAUGCCUAUCAGAAUUUAUGCAUUUUGUGUAUUCAUAAAAUUGUACUUUACUUCUAUCAAUAUUGUAAUGAAACAAUUAAUUUGAUUCGAUACAAAGUAUUACUUUUUAGACGUCAUAUCCUUAGAAAACUGUUUAAGUUUGCUCUUAUUCGAUAUUUAUAGUGUUGUUGAUGAAGGCUCAUUUAGUUUGUUAUUUGUAAUUACACUGUUAUGAGUUGUUAUUAUUUAAUAUAUUAAAUAUCUCUUUGAUGUAGAGGAGACAAUGAAAUAUUCUUCUUUCGAAUUAAGUUUUCCUUAACUCUCAUAUAUCUGAUUUGAUAGAAAUUUUCGUUUAUAUUCUUAAAAGUCACUACAAACUCAUACACGUUUUUUUAAAGUUCAUGGUUUUCCUAAACAAGAAAAGUACUCGUAGUAUUCGUAGUACUCGUAGUAGUUUUAAAAUAUUUAAACAUGUAAUAUCAUUACCGUAAACGUAUGGUAUCUAUGUACGAUAUACGUUUGUGGACGUCUCACACCAAGAAAUAUUGAUCAUAAUUUAUUUUGUUAAUGUACAAAUUUCGUGACUACUACGCUUUCUUAAACUAUAUAUAUAUAUCAAGUUAUACAAAACUAAUAUGGUGACAAUUAAGAAUAUAUAAACAAAAUAUUGUUCAGAUCUACAGAAAAGUAAAAAAAGAAACACCACUGAUUAAAAUAAUAAUAAUUGUCUGAUAAUAUUCAUGGCACACUUUCCACUGGUUAGCCAAAACCAAUUUCAUAAGUAUAUAUAUUUUAAAAACAAUCGGAGCACCUCAAGGGAAAAUGGCCGAGGUGUUCUGAUUGAUUUUUAAAAAACAAACUGAAAUCACCAUUUUUUCUAUCCCACCCUCUGACAGUGCUGAACGCAUUCGCGAGUGAGAGCAGUGCCAUAAUCUAGCUUGUGUCUGUGUCAUGUAUUCAUUAGUAUCCACGUUUUUGCGAUUCUUUCAAAGUAUGCUCAAUUUUUAUUAAUUCAUUUUAUUCCAUAACUGACAUAUGUGAUAUCACUGUAUUCGUAUUAACCUCUUGUGUACAUGUGUGCGAGCUUUUUAUAUGAAUACAGCAAAGAUUACAUUGACGCUUUUAAAUCAGUUGUCCUCACUUCUGUAAAUGUAUGUUUAACUUUUAUGUCUUUGAGAAAUAAAUUUCCAC